GUUACCGCGAUGCAAACGUACUGCACGAUCGCGCUAUGAGCCAGUAAGCGCGCAGCUUGAUCCGAGCCAGAAACGUUUGCUUCGCAUCGCACCGGGUCAUCAUCGCGUGCCAGAUUCACACAACGCGUGCAUUACAUCAGUUGCCCAGUCCCCAAGUUAUGCGAACCCAGCCUAAAACUUCCUAUCCGUUCGUUGACAGGCCAACUGCAGCCUUAAUAAUGAGUGCAAUUGUUUGAUUUCAAAAACGAAAUGCAAAAGCGUGUUGGCUGGAGUGUUCCUACAUUUAUUCCUAGCCUUGAAGCUAGGGGAGGACUGUCACCCCUCUCCUCCCAUUUUGCGACUCUACACCUGCCGUCCCCUCUUUUUCCGGGAAACGGGGGGAGAAUCUUUCCACGGGGAUUCGAGUUUUUCGGGUGAAAAUGGGAGUGUUUGAAACACCUUUUGGAAAUCAAAUCGGCGUCCGAGGAACAAACGAGCAGCGACUUUUUACGAAAGAUUGAAGCACUGGAUAGAAAUUUUGGACCCCUUGGUCAUAUUUACACGUGAGGCGGACAUUAAUGCAUCAAGAGAUCUUUUACUGAAUAGUGGAGAAAAUGUAAUGUCUUCACAAGAUAAAAAGGUCAGAGAGGCCUGGAAAAUAAGUCUGAGCUGUGUGAAUUCCAGCACUGGUGAUACAAUUCCAUUCUACUUUAGAGGAGGAGGUUUUGUGUGUAUUUCUGCUUCAUUGGCUGCAAUUGCUUCCUUACCAUACAGAACCUUUUUUUCAUCGUUUUUCCGGCAGUUUGUUUUCUAUUCGUAUAUUGGUGGAUUCAGUUUGGCAAACAGGAAUUCUGUAAAAAGACCAUUGGAGAAUGGUGAGAAAAAUAAAUUUCCAUGGAAACAGGCAUUUCUCUCUGUUGCGGGCACCCCAGGUUUGGCCUUAAUAGGAACUCUCCCACACUAUGUUAUAGAGCGUAAAAAGUCACUAAAUACUCCAGGGCAUUUCUUCAGCAAGUUCAUGGCAAGUGCUUUUUUUGGUGUUCUCUGUGCAUGCAAUGUGUUCACAGUCAGGAACUGGGAAUGUGAGAAUGGGAUUAAGGUCAUGCAUAGCACGGGUGAAGUUAUUGGAAUGUCUCAAGUGGCAGGGAAAAAAGCUGUAAGAGAAACAGCAUUAUCCAGGGGUAUACUCUUUGGCGUGCCAAUGAUUAUUUCUGAAACUACUGUGUAUCUCAUAAAUCGCAGAAGAGUUUUCCCACAACAGUCAAUGUUUUUGAGAGUGUUCCUGGUAUAUUUUUUCUGUUGGUUAAUACUGCCCGUUUCACUUAGUUGGACUCCACAAUUAAGAGAGAUAAAGCGAAAUGAGCUUGAGCCUGAUCUUGUCUCUUCCACUAAAGAAACAACAUUUUUUUUUUAUAGGGGAGUUUAAAAAUGGGACACCUUGAUGGUUUUCUAGGAAUGCCAUUCUUAAUAAUGAUGAAGCUGGCUUUUAUGCAUAAAAGAGGAACUCUGGUUGUAAGGUGAAAGUUGGUCUGAAGUAGUUUGAAUCAACUGUAACAAAAAACUAAACCUAAUUGGGGGUGGGGUGGAGAAUAAUCAUGUUCUUAUUGAUACUUCUCUGUACAGAAAGGAUUUGGUUUUAUAAUCUACUUAUGUCCCAAUAAUAAAAAGGCCAUUAUUCAAAAAAACAGACCUCUUAUCUAGAAAUGCAAAAUUGCAUUGCGAUCGGAUUUCUGUAGCUUUUUUCUUUUUAAAUGGAAGGAGAACAUAUGCAAUAAAAUGAGAUGUUGGAUGACAGCCAGGGACACUCAUAUUCAUGGCCAUUCUCAGCCAUGGAAAAUCACUCUGUGAUUUUCUAUUCCUACUCUUUCUUUCAGCCCAACAUGUUCCUUUUGGAGAAAGAAGUAUUGUGUAUGUUGCUUAGGGCUUCUGGAGAAGACAGGAAAUAAAUAAAAUUAAUUAUAUAGAAUAAAGUCUGCCCUGGUCUAUAUUCUUGCUCUUCUAAUGUGCUAACCUUUAAUUUAACUGAUGACUUAGUCCUUAUUACAGUCUGUAUCCCAUUUCCCAGGAUUGCGGUAAGUCUGGGGUACAGCCCUGUCUUUCUUGGGGGUUCCCAAUGCCAGAACAUAUUUAAGGUGAGCAGAUGUGAGCUAGGUGCUGCUAUUUGUUAUGACAUAGAACAGGUCUGUCAAACUCGUGGCCCAGAGGCCAGAUGCGUCAUGCGCUGGCCAUGCCCACACACAGUUUAGUGAAGGGGGGGAAAAGUUGCAAUAUGUCAUAUGAUGAUGCGAGCUUGACACCCCUGACAUAGAACCACAGUUUCUUACAAAGAAUUCCUUUCUUGUAUACCAAAACUCAAGCUAACUAUUAAAUCCAUAAAUCAAUCUUUUUUUAAAAAAAUUGCUUGCUUUUCUCCUGUUUGAGUGGGUACAGUAGGGAUUAUGGGCUCGAUUACAACAUCCUUCUCCAUCUUUCCAAGAGCUACCAAGUUGUGUGUGUUUCUUAUAGUUAACUGUAAAAAAAUAAAUACAAGGCUGUAUUGAUUUUAAAUGUUGAUAAGGGAAAUAUUCUGUAUUUCAUUCAUAUAUUGACAAUGAAGAUAAUACUAUCAAGGAAAAAGUAGUCAUAUAAAAUUAAGUUGGUUUUUAAAUUUUUAAAUCAUCAUAUAUUUUUGUACAAAAGCGAGUGGUACAUUCUUGAAUAUAGGAGGUGCUCUGGUCAUAUUCAUAUCCUAAUUUAGAUUUGUUUAGCAUAAUUGCACAUUCUCCUGUAUUACAUAUAUGCAAAUCAUAAAUCAAAAACAAGAUUCUCAAUAUUGCUAGUAUACAUCAUUGAUCAUAGAUAAACA